CGCUAGGCGGGCGGGCGGGAGGCCCGGGCCGGCUGCGUCCAAGCUGAGCCGCCGCCUCGGCCCGUCGUUCCUGCUGCGGCUGCCCGGGCGGCUCCGGCGCGCGGGGUACGCGGCCCUUCGCCAUGUACACCUUCGUGGUGCGCGACGAGAACAGCAGCGUCUACGCCGAGGUCUCCCGGCUGCUCCUCGCCACCGGCCACUGGAAGAGGCUGAGGCGGGACAACCCCAGGUUUAACCUGAUGCUGGGAGAGAGGAACCGGCUGCCUUUCGGGAGACUGGGUCACGAGCCCGGGCUGGCGCAGCUGGUGAACUACUACAGAGGGGCUGACAAACUGUGCCGCAAAGCUUCUUUAGUGAA